CUCUCAAGUCUCUCAGCCAGUGUUGUGCUGUUACUGAUUGAGUGAUGAUGGCUUGAUACUGGUGACUGACGGAACGGAAAAACUUGAGUGGAAUGCAAGACUUCAUUUUGAUUUUAGAGUUGCGGGCAUUCCGUUUUACGAUUUGUAACAUCGCUGGUGGAUUGUGGUGCUUCGCGAAACCUUAGUUGUUAGUGAUAAUCGGGAGAAAUGGAGUGGUGCUGUUUACGAGAUUCUCAGACUUUACGACGGUUGUGGUUUUGUUGAAAAGUGAGGAAAUCUACCCAAGGUUGUGAUAGGCAAUAAAGAAAAACUCUCCAUCGGCUACGAAUUUUGUGAUCCAGCCGAGAUUUAGAAGCUAGCCCAGAAUCCUUUUUCAUAGAUUGUAGACAAUAGGAGUGAUAAUAACUUUAGAGUGAACUUUUCAUGUAUAAAAACCAGGCUCAGUUAUGAGUGUUUUUUUCCGUUUAUGAAUUGUAUAUUUUAGAUGUACGAGGCGUUAGAAUAUACUCGUAGUGUGUUGUAGAGAUGUAAAUAUAAAAUGACAAAACAAGCGAAAUCCAACUUCGUUUAAGUAUUAAUAAACUGUGUAGGUACUUAAGAGAACUUUACUGAAUCAUUCUUGAUAAUGGAUGUUACUUUAUGUAGAUAGACGAAAUCGCUUAUUUUACCGUCCAUAAGAUCUCAUUUAACUAGAAAAGACAAAUUCUUGUUAUUCCGUAUUUAUUAACAAGUCUGUGUAACGAAUUUGAUAUUUGCUAAGUAUUUAGUCAUAAAGAUUUAAAAAAAAUGCUAUUCCAAGCCGUUACCAGCUUGAGCCAAUAGCAACUUCAUAAGCAAAUACUUCAAUAAUAAUGAAAGCGUUGUAACUGCGAACGCACUUGAUGGAUAUGGCAAAAAAACCAGUUGACUAAUGUCUGAAGCAGUGAUGCUCCAAAUAGAAAAGGUGAACAUCCUCCCUAUGAGGAGCUGACACAAAAACACCCACUGAAACAGAAAAAGCCACACCGGAGUUUUGGGCACAUGUCCGAGAACGGAGAAUAGAGGAUAUCUAGUGAAGGAUGACGACCCUUUGCAGUACACCUGAAUCCUUGCCAUCCCCAAGGGCUGCAGAUGCAGCCCCUGGAUUUACUUCACCUCCUGACGCUUCUCCGAGGUCGUACGACGCCCCUUCGUUCCCCGUUGAUGCUCCUCAACCCCCCUCCUUCCAGGGCCGCAACGAUACUGACUAUGAAGUGCCAUUCUUCACAGUGGCACAUUACAGAACACCAACAGCUCCCACAACUUACGAAUAUGCUGCCACUCACGCAGGAAUGCCCGAUGGAGCAGGGGAAGCCCUCUACAACGGCAGUUUUGAUCCAGCCGCCAUGUCCCCUGUGGAACUAGCUUUUGGGUCAAGCAUGACAGACUCUGGCAGGUGGUGGCCAUCGCAGUCGCGUGGUUCUCGGGACACUUCCCAAGCAACAACCCCGAACCAGACACCUGCAAGGUCACCCGUCGGUGUGGCCAUCCCACCUGGUCGCUCUCCUACUGGACUACCAGGUCCACCAGCUAGAUCCCCUACAGGAAUACCUGGGCCUGUGGGACGUUCUGAGCCGGACUGCGCCGUUCCUUCUCAUCCUCCGGGAACAUUCAUUCGUCGCGUUUAUGGUGCUCAUGACCGCACUCCUGUGGGCUGUUUACACGCAGCGGCAGGCACCGCCCCCCACAGCCACAAACCCACGCCACCGACACCAGCACCCAAACCAACAAAUUACGACAAAUCUUCCUCCAAGUCGUCAAGACCCAAUCGCUCUCACGAUGAAACGCCCGUGAGAGGCAGUGUCGAUUUCGUCCUUGACCAGCCAUCUAGAACUCCCAACCGUAGCAGGAGUGGGUCCCGGAAGGGCCCGUCUGUCCCUCCAAAGCGCACCACCCCCACUACCUCCGCCCCUCCUUUGCCUGGAAGUGACUCAAGUACCCACCAUGACUCUAGUAAGCAAGGGCCCUCGAAAGAUCCUCCUCCGGGAGACCGCCAAGACAACCAAAUGGUUACCUCAGGCACAAAAAGCGGCGGUAAUAAGGAGGAGGGCAUGACGCUUGUCAAUGGCGGUGGCGGCAUGGAAGGGAGCGGUGUCUAUGAGGAUGCCGGAGUGAGUGAUGCGGCAGACCGUCUGGAAUCUGCCAUUCAGUCAAGCUCAUCUUCAGAGGUGGUUGCAACUCCUAGGACGCCUAGGACACCUCGCACUCCCCGGAGUAAGUCCAGGGAGCCGUCCUUCUGCCUUGAGUUAGAGGACGACGAGUACCCGAGGACCGAGUCUGAGUAUAUGUCCCUCUUGCACGCCAAGAUUGCCGAAGCACACGAACGUCAGCUUCUCCCGCUCAAGGAAGACUUGGCAGACUGGCUCUCCAAGCUCCUGGGUGUGGAAGACCUGACAGCUGAGAAUCUUGUCGAAAAAUUGGAAAAUGGAGUUUACAUUUGUAAACUGGCCGAGGUCAUAUCAAGAAGGGCCCAAGACGCACGCGACAAAGGAACAUCGACGUUGGAGGUGCCGCGACUACCGUACCGGACAUGGGAGAGAGCUCGCAGCGGCACUUUCUUCGCCCGGGACAACAUCUCCAACUUCCUCCGGUUCUGUCGGCGUCUUGGAGUGCACGAUAACCUCCUCUUCGAGACGGAGGACUUGGUAUGUCACACGGGAGCGCGAGGAGUGGUCCUGUGUCUCCUGGAAGUCGGGAGACUGGCUCAAGGAUGGUGGGGUCUGGAGCCACCUGGGCUGGUGAAGCUCGAGCGAGAGAUGGACGGCGAAGAAUGGUCUGGCAGGUCUGACAGUGGGUACUCCAACACUUCCUCACCACGGGGGUCCACUCUCACUCUCCACCCAACGGUGUCCAGUCCUCCUGCCGCUGACACAACAAAACUCCCCAGGCCUUUGUCGGCACCUGGCCAUCUACCAUUAGUUCCUCGUUUGGUUCUUCCUAACCAGUCCACCCACACCCAGACGGAUUCACCAGCCUCCUCCAGGAUUCCCAAGUCCACGACCCCAAGAACAGCAGUCAAGCCUAUUCCUCCUCCGAAACCAGCCUCCAUCAGGCGGGCUGUAUCAAACUUGGCACGCCGUCCUACCAGAAUUCCAAGCAAAACUAGACCUACCCUGUUGCCUACCACUGAGGGAAACGUUUGUUACAGAGCUAUUGCCAGUCUUAUGGGUUGGUCUGGAGCCAAGACCACACCAACCACUCCUGUGACUACUCCUACUCAUUCUGCUAAGCCUCGUCUCCCAUCUGCUCGUACGCCGAGGUCCUCUGGCCGCUCUACACCAAAUACAACCCCUACCACGCCUACGCACUGUCGAAGGUACAUCAGCUCUUUACAGCGUACGCCAGUAACUCCACCCGCCAAGCCCUCUCAAUCUAGACCGUCAUCACGUCCUAAUUCAAAACCACCAUCAAGGUCUCCUUCUAUCUGUAGCCGACUUCAAGAGUGCUACAACACCGUCCAACCAGAAAGUGUCACAGCAGCUCUAAGAACAGAUCUUGAUAAUAAGGUUCUUGAUAUUGCCAGCCAAACAAGAGGAUUUUGCGGUUGUAAAAAUAAUGAUUGUAGCAAGUCUCAUGUUAAAAGAGUAGCAGAUGGCAAGUACGAAAUUUGUGGGAAGAAUGUUUAUGUCAGGAAAAAGUCACCAGGACAGUGGGUACCCGAAGUGAUACUUCAAGAUCGUGUGGUCUACAAACUGAAGUUCAAUCCAGCUUAUUCACCAAAAAAGUCUGCACAGAGGCAUCGACUUUCCUCCAACUCAACCCCACGAAAGGUCCACUUCCCUCCUGAACUUGAUAGGUGCGGACUACCUGAUACGACAUCUGCGAUGGUCAACUCCUCUCUAGAGCCCUAUCUACUGAAAGGAAAGCAUGUUAUGGUUCGUGUUGGUGGUGGCUGGGACACCUUAGAACACUACCUCCUUCGACAUGAUCCGCAGCAGGUGACUGUGUUUAACCUCAAAUCAGCUGACCCCUUCCUACACAUCCGUGCCAAAUACUGUUCACCUACACAUUCUCAAGCUUCCUCCAGCAAAGGUUCUCCAACAAGAUCUCGUGCUACACCAAGUAGGGAUACAACUUCUGGUGACCCCACACCUGGAAAUUCUUCUUCAGAAAGCACACCACCACCUCCACAAGAACCUCAAGUGCCAUCCUCCGCACCUGCUGCGUCUUCCAACCUUGCUACAGGAAAUUCUGUGCCUAAUGCAGACAUACCAACCGUGGAAAAUUCUACGGAUGUACUGGUAUCAUUAGCUGAACCCUCCACAGAUUCAGCAGGUAAUUUAAAUAUAACCAAAGAUAGUCUAGCAUUAAAUCUUUUCUUAGAUCAGUCCUCUGACCUGUCUUCUUACAAUGAAUCAAAUGAAUUUGAUCCUUAUAUUUCAACACAAAAUGAAGAGACAAAUGAAUUUUCAACAGUUUCUCAAACAAAUUCAAGUCCUACUGUAACUCAAAGAUCAAUGGUUAAUUCAACAACAUUUUGUAUUGAAAGCAAUGAGACAGUGGAGUCUCACCCUUCAAUUGUGAAGACGUCACAUUCUGAGAUGUCCUCUUCUUCCUCUUCGUCAUCUUCAGAGUCUUCCUGUUCCUUAAAGGAGACUCCCCCACCAACUCCUUCUACUAUGUCCACUCCAGCUUGUGCAACUUCAACUCCCAGAGACCUAUCUCUCACUCCUAAUGGCAGCAGCACGACAGUUGGCACUCCUCUGCCGCCUGACCUGACAGAUCAUGAUGAGAUUUGAAGCAGAAUAUCAGGGAUAAAUAAACUAACUUAUCUAUUCACAAAACUUUCUAACAAUGUCUUUGGUGUAAGAGGUAACAUAGUAUUAUACAUUAUUUUUUUGGAAGUUCAUAGUGUGAAAUCCACAAAAAAGCAAAGUUAUACAAUACAGUACUAACUUUAUCCAAGCCAAAAAAAUAUUUAAAUGUGAUAUUUUUUGUUAUAAUGUACUAAAAGGAUACAUUAAUGUACAUAAAAUACAAGAGAAAGAUUAUAAGGAAACAGGGUGCUGUGCUCUAAGCAUAGACUACAGUUAGUCAAAGAAUCCAGUAGAAUUUUAGGUUUGCAAGGAGAAAAUUUGAAGUAAAUAACUCAGUAUAAACCACUAUCAUUAGAAUCACUGGUCUGAAUAAGUUGGAUAUAUUUUUUGACCUUAAUGAAACAUCCCUCAAUGCUGCUACAACAAAUUAUAACUUGAUUGUAUUUUAACCUGUAGAACAUUCACUAUUAACCAUACAUAUACAGAAGCACAGUAAUGAUGCCAAUAAUGAUCUUUAUACACAGACACAAUACAAUAUUGUUCUCUACAUUAAAAAGAUUUACAUAACUCACAGUAUGAGAGUAUACAGAAUUAGUAAGUUGUGACCUGUUGAGAUGUUUCAGUGAUCAAGAAAAAAUAUAAUGCUAUAUACAAUGUAUCAUAAAAUGAAUGCAUCAUGAUCAGGCGUUAUCAGUACCAUGAUCACAUUCAUUGAUUUCAGCAAUUAUUAUUGCUUAUUGCUCAUUAGAUUUAUAACAUAGAUACCAAAUGAUUUAGGUUUCUUUGUUAAGAGUAUAAAUAUGCAGUAUAUAUUAAUAAUUGUACUUUUAAGAUCAGUCACAUCCUCUUAUUAAUAAAAUCAUUCCCUAAUCACAGUGGAAGAAGCACAAAUUUCAAUAAUACAGUACUAUACUGUAAUUGUUUCUGAAUGGAAAUAAUAAUUUUUGCUGUGUAAUGGAUCAUAAAUGUUGAGGGAUUUUAUUUUAAGAUGUUCAAGAUUCAAUAAUAUUUAGAUACCAGGUUACAGAUUUUUCUAUUAUCCCAGAUCAGAUUCAGUAGUUUUGUGAGACAUUGACUUUUUAAGCAGGUUUUGGAACAAGAUGGUCAGAAGAGCAGGACUCUUGUGUCGGCUUUCUUGCUAACUUCUACACUUAUCAUAAUGUAUUAUCAUGCAUGAUUAAAUUCCUAUAGUGCAUUACAGUAUCAUUUGUGAGACAGACAUAUUAGAUGUCAGUCUUUAUGCUGUCUUGGGAAGCAGUUUAGUAAAAAUAUAUUUAUAAAGGCUAUAGAAACAUUUUGUUACUGUUAUCAUUAACUUCAUCAUAACAUGUUUACAAGGAAUGUUAUUCAGAAUUAUCAGUAUUUUUAGUAGUCAGUGUUGGCUUUUGGCAGUCAUAAAUAAAGCUCAGAAAUGAUACAUGUGAGUACCUUAUGUAUUUAUGACUAUUAACUACAGAAAAAAAUUAGCCCAUGAAGUUAAUUGCGCUAUUUGCAAAGAAUUGUGUCAUAUCUGACAACUACUUAAAAAAAAUAGGAUAAUUACAACAGUAACAAGUUUUCAUUAAACAUACAAAAAAAUUAUUAAAAAUAAAACAUUUCUCUAGUAACCAUACAUCAAAUAUUGUUUCAAACUAGUAUUUAGUAAAUUAAGAUCAAUAUCAAUAUCUGAAUUUGUUAUGAGCACUGAUAAUUUUGACUUCUUAAAGUUAAAGAUUAUACAUAAAUGUUGAAAUAAAUUUUCACAACGACUAAAAUAGCUAUUAAGAGCCUGAGUCUCCAUUAAAUAAGUAUAAAGUAACUCAACAUAACAAAAGUAUGCAAAAAUAAUUUGAAAUAAAAAACCACUUGGUUUUUAUUGAAUACAUUAAAGCUUGCAAGAUAGUGAAGUGCACAUUACAAAAAUUGUCUUUUAAGAAAAUUUUCUUUAAAUAACAAUAUAAUGUUUGAAAUUAUCAUUAUAAUAUGUAUGUUAGUAUAUAUUAAUUAAUAUGAUGUUACAAACCAUGAAUCUAAGAAUACUAAUCAUGUGGCUGAGUAUAACAAAGUCUAUGUAUGGCAGUAAUUAUUUAGAGCAUGAACACUUGUUUUUACAUUUAAACAGUAGUAUCUUUGAAGUAAUUACUCAGAAACCAAAUUAAUUUCUUGCAAUAAUUGUAAUUAUACUAAAUUUACUAGUCCUCCAUUAUCAAAUGGUAAUAAGUUACUACUAAAUAAUAUUUGGCUACAUAAUUCUCCUAAUCCAAUACUUUGUAAGUCUUGAACACUACAAUCUAUUUCAACCCUCCUGUUUAUGAAAUUCUUCAAAUUACAUUAAGAUCAUGUAAGUCAACACUAAUGAUUCUAUUCUGUGGUACCUAUAUCAAGCUUUACAUCAGCAAAAUUUUCCCAAAAAUUAUGUCAAAAUACAUUGUCAUUUCUAGCUGUAUCACCAUUAUAUAGAUGAGUAUCAGUUAACUUAAACAAUGCCAUCUUAACUACUAAUAAGCAUAAGCUAUCGUAAGUCUAUCGCUUUAACGAUAAAAAAGUAGAUGCAUUACCAGAAGUUUUUAUCAUCCAAGUUAAUGCCAUAUCAUUACUACAGUUCCCAGUGAGAAGGAACAUUACAAUACCCCACUGGCAAAAUAUGCCUAUUACAGUACUUUAUCAUGAUAUUGUUAAAGCUCAAUUAAAUUUAUAUGUAUAGUACAGAAUAGUGAAAUAAGUUCUGAGAUUCUGCCACUGCCCAUGCAUGACAAAUAUAUACUGUAACAUUACAUUAAUGAAACAUACUAUGAUCUGAUAAAUGUCAAGUUCAUAAAUAUAUUUGUACUGUAAACUACCAAUUCAUUGCACUUUAUGUACUUAUUUUUUUUCUUCAAACAUCUUUUAUAUUUCAAGGAUUUAACCUGAAAAUUUUCAGGUAUUAAUUAUUAGUAACAUUUAAGCAAUAAAGAGUUACAUGAUCUUUGAAAAGUUGUCAUGAAAACAACAGAAAAAUCCUUGCUCUAACAUCAAGAAAUUAUAACGUCACAAUUAUUUUCACAUAAUGGAAAAUUUAUUAAAAAUUGACAUUAAAAAUUUAUGCUAUAAAGCCAUGACACAGCUUUUUCAAUAUUCUCAGAUAUUUUAAACAGUCAAACUUAGUCAAAUAUGUAUCCUCAUUCAGCUCAUAAUGCAAUUAGAUUCAUGGUACAAGUACUGUAUUAGCAAUAUUGUCCUUUGUAUGGAAGGGCUUUGAAAAUACAUUUGUAUUUCUCUGUAUAUAAACAAUUUAUAUGAGAAGCUCUUCAACAGCUAAAAUUAUUUUGUUUAUGUCAGAUUAGAAUUUCAAUCCUUAGUCUUUUGUGUCAAGCACCUUGAAAAGAGUGAAGAUUUUCUGUAUUUUUGUUUAAGUUUUAAUUUUACGAGCCACGCGUGUUGUGCUAAACAAUAAACAAACAAUUAAGAAAAAGUCUGAAAAAACAUGUUAUUUCAUGCAUUUCUGAAAAUUUACAAACAUAAAAGAAGUAUUAAAUAGAAAUCCUGCCUUAAUCCAUAGUGGUAAGGGACAGGAUUUCUGUUAGCAAAAAUAACCACCAUACAUGUAUGUAAGUGUCAUUAGAAUAACUUACCAGAUCAACACAUUUCACCAAACUUUUUCUUGGAAAAGUUACUGCAUAUCUGUAAUUCUGAAUGCAGGCUGCAACCUUAGUGAAAUGUAAGAGAUCUAAUAAAGUUUUCACAACAAAGCAUCAUAUCAAAUAAGCUUAUAUGAGGAUAGAAUGCAAGAAUAGGUGUUGUAUGUGUAUCUGUCAGACAUACUGUACUUUAUAACUUGUGAAAAGUAAUACAAUAACAAAAGACCAAGCACAGUUUUUUCUGUCCAACAAGAUCUGUAAGUUGUGAAUGCAUGAGAUUUAGAAAAUAGUUCCAUGCCAUAUACAGUAACUAGAAAAAAAUUAAAUUUUCUUAAUACAUCUUUAAUGUCAAAGAUAUGGUUCUCAGAAAGUAGCUUUCAUUACUCUUUUAAGAGUACUUUUGAAGAACCCUCCACUUAAGACAUAUGAUCCAUAUGCUACAUGCUGUUUACUGGUGUAUAAUAGUUUUGUUUUUAUCAUCUGUGGGUAUAUGAUAAACAGAUUUGUAAUAUAAUGUAGUUUUUAAUUUUUCUAAACAUCGCCCUUAAGUUUGGAUACUGACAGUGCAUGAGGUACUGAGGUUACUCACUCAUACUGGAGUUACAUAGGAAAGGAUGAAAGAGCAAUUGGAUUUAAUUAUAUCAGCUAAAUUACUACACAGCCGUACAGAUGGCUUGUAUGGCAUAAUGGGGAAUGGUUGUGAUUUACAGAAUGUUGAGUGCUCAUGAAAAAAAAUAAAAUAGAAAAGCAUGCCUGUAUUAUUUAGCAUGCAUGAGUAAGAAUUCUCAAACAUUCCAUAUUGAUCAGUGAAGUACAAUAAUAACUCUAAAGUGCCAAUAGUAGAUAGAAUUGAAUCUUUUAAUUUGGUAUAGAGAGUUGUAGUCAGUUUGCAAAAAUAAUGGCAUGGCCAUGUUGUCCUCAGUAAAUUUACAUUGUUCUCUAAUGACUCGCAAUUGUUAAAUAAUGACUCGGUAGUGUCAGACUUUUGUAAACGAGUCAGUCACUUUUCGUUUUUCUUAGUAUUGCUGAGGUUUUCCUUACUUACAUGACUACUACUCUCUAUUACACAGUAUCCUUCAAAAGACCUUGCAGUAUGAUACUGUGAAUACAAUGAGCUUUCAUUGAUGUUAACAUUUUUUUUAAGUAUACAAUGUAAAUUAUUCUGUUAUUAUGUAUUGUAUAUUGUACCUAUACACAUUCCUAUUGUUAAAUCAUUGCUUCUGUAAGUGUUUUUAUAGGAAUGAUUAUGCCUAAAAACAAAGGCUCAUCACAUAUCUUUGAAAGAUGUGCCAGCUAGGCAUUGAUAAAAUAAAUAUUUGGAAUUAAGGUAAUAAUUAUAUUUGAGUUUGUUUAAUCUAAAAAGGAAAGGAUACUUGAAAACCUCAAAUCCAUGUAGAUGUGUUAUUACUGACUUCCAUUUUACAAGCAUAAGUGAUUUUAUAUGGGGUAAUUGGUUACUACUUUCAGUUUAAAAUAUUUACUGUAUAGAGGUUCAGUAUCUAAUUCAUCAUAUUCUUACAUCAUAAAUCAGGUUAACAAGAGAAGUGAGUGUAUUAAUGUGAGCUUUGUAUGCUGUUAUGUAUUUUCUACCAUUCAAUUGUGCCAUAAAUUUUUACAUUUACAUAUACUGUAUUAUGAGAUGUCAUAUGAAAUGCUCUUCUGUGUUUUGACACUACAUAUACUGCACAAAUAUUUACUCUUCAUUGGAUUUACCUUCAACCCAGAUAAUUCAAACCUCAAUUUCAUGUUAUUUAUUUUAGCCAAAAUAAAUCUAAAUCAUACA